UCUAUAAAUCAAAUAACCCUAGAGCCUCUUCUUCCUCACAAUUCAGAUUCCAGUUUCUUCAAAACCUAAAAAUCAAAACCUUCUCUCUAAUCUCUCUCAAUCGUGAUCAAGAUGCAGAUCUUUGUUAAAACUCUCACCGGAAAGACAAUCACCCUCGAGGUGGAAAGCUCUGACACCAUCGACAACGUUAAGGCCAAGAUCCAGGAUAAGGAAGGCAUUCCUCCGGAUCAGCAGAGGCUUAUCUUCGCCGGAAAGCAGUUGGAGGAUGGUCGUACCUUGGCCGAUUACAACAUCCAGAAGGAAUCCACUCUCCACUUGGUCCUCAGGCUUCGUGGUGGUAUGCAAAUCUUCGUCAAAACCCUUACCGGAAAGACGAUUACGCUUGAGGUGGAGAGUUCUGACACCAUCGACAACGUGAAGGCCAAGAUCCAAGAUAAGGAGGGUAUCCCACCGGACCAGCAGAGGUUGAUAUUCGCUGGAAAGCAACUCGAGGACGGUAGAACCUUGGCUGACUACAACAUCCAGAAGGAGUCAACCCUUCAUCUUGUUCUCAGGCUUCGUGGAGGUAUGCAAAUCUUCGUGUAGACUCUCACCGGAAAGACCAUUACUUUGGAAGUGGAGAGCUCUGACACCAUUGACAACGUGAAAGCCAAGAUUCAAGACAAGGAGGGUAUCCCACCAGAUCAGCAGAGGUUGAUCUUCGCUGGAAAGCAAUUGGAGGAUGGUCGUACCUUGGCCGAUUACAACAUUCAGAAGGAGUCAACCCUUCACUUGGUCUUGCGUCUCCGUGGAGGUAUGCAGAUCUUCGUUAAGACUCUUACCGGAAAGACGAUUACUUUGGAGGUGGAGAGCUCUGACACCAUUGACAACGUCAAGGCUAAGAUCCAGGAUAAGGAAGGUAUCCCUCCGGACCAGCAGAGGUUGAUCUUCGCCGGAAAGCAGUUGGAGGAUGGUCGUACCUUGGCGGAUUACAACAUUCAGAAGGAGUCAACCCUUCACUUGGUAUUGCGUCUACGUGGAGGUAUGCAGAUCUUCGUCAAGACUCUCACCGGAAAGACCAUUACUUUGGAAGUUGAGAGCUCCGACACCAUUGACAACGUGAAGGCUAAGAUCCAGGACAAGGAAGGUAUCCCUCCGGACCAGCAGCGUCUCAUCUUCGCUGGCAAACAGCUUGAGGAUGGUCGCACAUUGGCUGACUACAACAUCCAGAAGGAGUCGACCCUUCACUUGGUGCUAAGGCUUCGUGGUGGUAUGCAGAUCUUCGUCAAGACUUUGACCGGGAAGACCAUCACACUGGAGGUUGAGAGCUCCGACACCAUUGACAAUGUGAAGGCUAAGAUCCAGGACAAGGAAGGUAUUCCUCCGGACCAGCAGCGUCUCAUCUUCGCUGGUAAGCAGCUUGAGGAUGGACGUACAUUGGCUGACUACAACAUCCAGAAGGAGUCUACUCUUCACUUGGUCCUUCGUCUCCGUGGUGGUUUCUAAAAUGUCUCUUGUCGUUUCAGAAGAAGUUCCUUGUUCGUUCCUUUUAAAAACUAAGUGCUUUGUGUUUUGGGGUAUUAUAAAGCCCCCAGUUAAAUAAUUGUCUCUUUCAAAUAUCAAAUCGAACUUCUCUAUUGAAAUCUUUCUACUCA